CUUUUGAAGUUUCAUAGAACUUUCGUGUAUUUUAAGAAUUUGUGUUUAUUACACACACUUUUAUACAUGAACGAGUUACGUAGAUGUAUAACUUUGAAAUAAGGUGCAGAAUUUUCUUCAUGGAAAAUGAUAUAUUCACCAUCUUAUAUAACUAGUCACGACGAUGAUACACGUCUUUCUUGUUAACAACAAUCAUGGAUAACACCCAAAUCUUGAUGAAGAUGUCCCCAUGCGAGUGAUUUGAUGUGAUAUUUGUAUCCCUUUAACCACGUCGCAAACAUAUACAACUCAUGGAGAAAAUGCAAGUUGAUAUUUGCUUUAAAUUAGCAUUUCAAGUCUCACACACAAUUUACAUUCAGUAUUGUAAUCUAUCGAGAGGGAGAGAGAUAAUCACAACCGUUGAUUGGAAUUUGAGUAUACGAUCAACAAAAUGUGCUAUUUAGUGAAGAGACAAGUGAAUGAGAGAAAAUUUAUCAAUAUUUCCUAAUUUGAGGUGAAUGGGGUUUGCGAAGAGAGAAUGAGAUAAAGAGCUUGAAAAUUGAGAAGUCAGAAUAAGAGCACACAAGUGGUGACAUCUUUUAAAAAUCAAAGAGGAACUCAUGUUCAUAUAAAGUAAUUCACAUCUUUAUUAGUUAUUACUUUGGUGAAAGCUACUUUCUCAAUCUGCCUUAAGUAUUAAUGUGAAAGUUUGAAACCCUAGCCAACUCUGUUAAUUCUGAUUUUAACAAAAUAAUGUAAAAUCUAUAAAGGAAUGACAGGGUUUGUAAGAUUUACAACAUUAGAUGCAGCCUGUAGAAAGAUAGUCUCGUUGGCGUUGCUCUUUUAAAAGUUUAUUGUCUGCAAUAGUGCAAACUAUACUUAUUUACAAAUUAAUACGAUUAUAACAAUUUAUUUAUUGUAUCGGCCAGUGACGUCCACUUAUUGGAAAAAUAUAAAUAUAUACAAUUCUUAAAUUACAUAUAUUUUUAUCCGCACCAAAAAAUAUCUUUAUUGCAUCACCAACCUAACCCCUCAUCAUAUGAUGAUCACCUUUCUUUUUCUUUUUCCUUUAAAACUAUAUGCACAUUCACAGACAUACAUGUAUAAAUAUAUAUUAUAUCUGCCUCAAAGGCAUUAACAUUUUCACAAAUCAAACAGACACAAAAGUAUGAAUAAUAAUAUGAACCCAUCUCUCUUCCAAAAUUACACUUGGAACAACAUCAUCAACAACAAGAGUGAUGAUCAUCAUCAUAACGAUCCAAUCGGUAUGGCCAUGGACCAACACACCCACCUCCACAUCUUCAAUCCUUUCACUUCAUCUUCUUCUCAUUCUCAUUUCCCUCCUCUCUCUUCUUCCCUCGCAACCACCACUACUCUUUUCUCCGGAGAUCAAGAAGAGGAUGAAGACGAAGAAGAGCCUGUAGAGGAACUAAGUGCUAUGAAAGAAAUGAUGUACAAAAUCGCAGCCAUGCAGCCCGUCGACAUCGAUCCAGCAACCGUCAAGAAACCCAAACGCCGUAACGUUAGAAUCUCCGACGACCCUCAGAGCGUGGCAGCGAGACACCGUCGUGAGAGAAUCAGCGAGAGGAUCAGAAUCCUCCAGAGACUCGUGCCGGGUGGCACCAAGAUGGAUACAGCUUCAAUGCUCGACGAAGCAAUACGCUACGUCAAGUUCUUGAAACGGCAGAUCCGGCUUCUCAAUAAUCCUCCUCCGCCGCAAGAUCAAGCUUCUCAGGCGAUGAAGACGUCAUGGAUUUCGCCGCCACCACCGUCAGAUUUCGGCAGUGAAGGAGGAGGAGGUGAACUGAUUUAAAUCAGGUUACAUUUCCAUUAAUAGUAGCUAAAUUAUGUUAUAAAGUGUGAGUAAUGGUGCAAUUAUGGAAAGUGUUUAUAUAUAAAAAUGGAUACGAAGUAAGAGUUUGUUAGGAUGUUUUAUAUAUUGUUGUUGACCGAGAAAAGGUUGUGGAAUAAUCAUAACGGUUAGGUUGAAUUGUGUUGUGUACCACCAUAUAUUUAUAUAUUUAUGUUAUCAUUUCGUAUAUAUAAUAAUAAGGUCUUGAUUUGUA